UCCUAGUUACGAGCACAUCAUGUCUACUUGCAUCAUGGUCCAGUCUAUAUGUCUAUGAUCGCGACGAGUCAGUCGCGUCGUAGCUGCCGACUCGUGCGGCUCUUUUCUAGUACUGUAAGAUUGUCAUUAAAGUAUAUACAUAUAUUAUUCAAGAGUAUUCAGUGAUUGACAGCCCCAGUAGAUACACCACAGGGAAUAUAUUUUCCGCGAUAUUGCUGCGAUUAUUAGUUACUUGAUCACGAGGCUAUUGUAAGAUGAAAUCAAGUUUAGUAAAUUCUAUGGGUCAAUAAGUUGACGAUUCCUCUAUGAAAAUGCCUCUAUGUCUCUCGUUUUGGUGCUACAUGCUUUUAUUCAUCACUCUAUCAUCAGAGUCUCAAUUAAAGUUGAUAAGCAAGAUUGAUGAGCAGGAUGACAAUUCGACGGUGCAAUAUCAACUUGGCGCAAACACCGUGACAAACUAUGACAACGAGAAAGAUUUAAUACGGUAUAAUUCGAACGAAAAUUCAAUCAAAGAUAACGGUGAUAUGCAGUACGCAUAUCGCAUCAAUUCGACGAGAAACUACCACGAGAAUGACGACGAAUACUAUCAACCCAUCUUCUUUAGUGGUCGCAUGGGAUUUCCGAUGAUAAAUCACAUAAGAUAUCCGAUGAUAAAUCACUUGAUACAUCCUGAACUUCAAGUGGACGUUGAAAAAAAUUAUAAGAAUGCCAUGUCACAGAAAAUGCUUGAAAACUUUGAAAGGACCAAGGGCAAAAACGGUUCUGCGUCACACGAUUUCUUUAAACAUUUCAAUAGAGAUAACGAUAAAAACAAUAUUGUAUCGUAUAAAAUGUGUGAAAACAUUACUUGCAUUCGGUUCUGCUGUCCUUUCGGUGAUCGCCUGGUUGACGGAAAAUGCCUUGCCAAACAGGAUGACUUUAUUCAUCUGCAAAACAUGUAUGGAUACAUUGAUGAAUCGUUGCAAAAUGGAAAUGAAAGAAUAAACGAACUAUUUCUUCUGGUUGUUCACGAUCCGUGUCAGAAGACUAAACACGAUUUGAUUAUGCCAUUUUAUAAGAAAGAGUUUCUCAUCGAUGGCUCUUUGUAUCUAGCGUCUGAUCAGAUAAUCGUUGAAUCAACAUCCUAUUGUUUCGCUGUAGUGGAACAAAAUAUAUUUGCUGUUAAAGUUUGCCCUAGGAUUAUAGAAAGGAUCAUGGAUAACAAUUACAAAAACCGCAAUAAAAGUGCGAUUAUUCCGAUUAGUACAAAUAAAGAGUUGAAGAAAAUUAGAGACAAGAACGAUUCUAUGUCGUACAAUUCUUUUAAAAAUUUUAAUAAAGAUAACAAUAAAAACACUAUUAUACCGUACAAAAUGUGCGAAAACAUUACUUGCAUUUUUUUAUGCUGUCCUUUCGAUAAACUCUUGGUCGACAAAAAAUGCAUUGACGGACAGGAUAAUUUUAUUUUCCUGCAAAACAUGUAUAAAUAUAUCAAUGAUUCGUUGCAAAAAGGAAAUGAAGGAGAAAACGAACUAUUUCUUCUGGUUGUUCACGAUCCGUGUCAGAAGUCUGGACAUUAUACACUUAAUUCUUUAAAGAGAGUGCUUCUCGUCAACGGCUCUUUGUACCUACCUGAUAACAACACAAUCGUCGAAUCAACAUCUUAUUGCUUCGCUAACGUAGAUGAUCAAUUUGAUAUGGACGGAUUUGGUGUUUACGGAUUAACUGUGAAAGUUUGCUUUGAAAAUAUAAGGAUUGUGAACAAGACAUUUGAAAAAAUAAAUUUCUUGGAGACUGAACUAAUUAUAUAUAUAUGCAGUCUAAUAGGGGUUAUAUUGUGUUUGUUGAUGACGUUCGUAGUAUACUCCACAAUACCAGAACUCCGUAAUAUACACGGCUAUAUACUGUGUAGCUACAGCGGCUCAUUAAUCGUCGCGUACACGGUCGAAUUAAAGUACACGCUAGUCACAAGAGAUGCUAUAGGAGACUCUAUCUGUAUCGCAUAUGGUAUAUCAUAUAAUACUCAAAUUACAUAA